AUGAGUAGCAUAAUUAACUAUUCAAAGUUUGAUAAAAUAGACGUAAGCUCAUCAGAUGACGAAAAUAAAAAUAGAAAACCUCAUGUAACCACAUUAUGUCACAAUGACAAAGUAGUAAUUGGGCCAAGUGGAUUAACAAUUUUGAAAAAUAACGAGGAUCAGAUGCAAAAUGAUGAGGUAACAAAAGUUACGAACGAGUCAGGAAACGAACGUGUUGUUAAUGAUAAACCAAUUAAAAGUGUGAGAAAGGAUGAUGCCUAUAAUGGUAAUGCUAUCAUUACACACACUGCCAAUAAUAAUGAUGAAGGGAAUGAAAAUAAAGGCAGCUUGAUUAAUGAGAACCUUUUAAAAAAUAUGGUAAUAAAUGGAGGAGUUGUUCCAUAUAAAUAUAUUUGGAAUCAGUCAAAACAUGAUAUUAAUGGUUAUAUAGUUUUACCAUUACAUUGUAAAGCUAAAUCAUUAGUAGUACAAAUAUAUGAAGACAAAUUGAUUAUCAAAAGAAAUAAAAAUGAGAAAACAUUAAAUAAUAAAAACAAAAGUAACGAGAUUAAUUCGUUAGAUAAUUUCGAAAUAUUAAUUAAUAAAUAUUUUUCAUUUAAAAUAAAUAUGAAUGAAGAUACACAACUAUGGGAAAUAAAGAAUAUGAAAAUAAAUUGGAAUUCCCUUUUUCACUUAUCUAAUAAAAUAAAUAAUCAAAAUGCAAACUUUGAUUUUGUACACAAUAGAGAUGAUAAAGAAGAAACCUUUUUAUAUAUUUCAUUAAAAAAAAAAAAUGAAAUUGAAAAUGCUUACAUUUGGUGGUCAAGUCUAUUUAAAAAUGAGGAACAAAUAAAUAUAUCGAGUUUACCAUCUCGUAUUUCGACUAAUAAAAAUAACAAUAGCACAUCCUUUAAAAAUUUAUGGAAUGAAGCACACGAAAAUUUUAAAAAAAACAUAGCUAAAAAGGGCCUUCCCUUUCCGGUCGGCCCGUGA